AUGGUUACCGUUGAGGAAGUUCGCAGGGCUCAACGUGCUCAAGGCACUGCCACCAUCAUGGCCAUUGCCACCGCAAAUCCUUCAACUACCUAUGACCAAACCACAUAUCCUGAUGCCUACUUUCGUAUGACCAAUUCUGACCACUUGACGCAAGUCAAAAACAAAAUGCAGCGCAUGUGUGAUAGAACCACUAUAAAAAAUCGGCACACAUAUACUAGAGAAGAAGUUAUCAAAGAAAACCCAAACAUUGCUACAUACAAGGCACCUUCGCUGGAUACUAGACAAGAUAUGGCAGCAACACUGAUACCAGAGCUAGGGAAGCAAGCUGCAGUUAAGGCCAUUGAGGAAUGGGGCCAACCCAAAUCAAAAAUCACUCAUUUAAUCUUUUGUAGCACCAUGGGACCAUUCAUGCCUGGCUAUGACUACCAAUUUGUGCAACUCUUAGGCCUUGACCUAUCUAUUAAGCGAGUCAUGUUGUAUCAACAAGGUUGUAAUGGAGGUGGCAUUAUACUUCGUAUAGCUAAAAACCUAGCCGAGAACACCAAAGAUGCACGUGUCCUCAUUGUUUGUGUUGAAAUAACUAUUGCUGGUUUCCAUUGCCCUACUGAAUUUGAUGUUGACAUUCUUGUGAGUCAUUCCUUGUUUGCGGAUGGUGCAGCAGCUCUUAUAGUUGGUGCUGAUCCAAUUCCAAAUAUUGAAAGGCCAAUAUUUGAAUUAGUCUCUGCAGCCCCAACAUUAGUGCCUAAUUGUCCUGGGGCAAUUUGUGGGAGUAUUCGUGAGCAUGGACUUACCAUUCAUAUUGGGAAGGAAGUUCCUGACAUUAUUGCAAAUCAUAUAGAGAGUAGACUAAUUGAGGCAUUCCAACCUCUAGGUAUCUCAGACUGGAACUCAAUCUUUUGGGCUGCACAUCCUGGUGGGCCUGCAAUUUUAGACCAAGUUGAAGCCAAGUUAUGUCUUAAACCUGAGAAGUUACAUGCUACUAGAGACGUGCUUGCAAAGUAUGGCAACAUGCCAAGUGCGACUGUAUUGUUUGUUCUGGAUGAAUUAAGAAAAAAGUCAACUAAAGCUGGGUUAAAGACAACAGGAGAGGCUUUAGAAUGGGGAGUGCUUUUCGGGUUUGGUCCAGGGCUUACUAUCGAGACCUUAGUCCUCCACAGUGAUAACAUUGCUUAA